AUUCCAGAUGAUGAACGGGAACACCGUGCACCCACCGCGCGUACGAUACACUCGCGAACACUGCGAAAUUCCUUAGUUGCAAGUUCCAAACACAUCAACUUCUUCUUGUUCCGCCCCCGAGAAGAUCGAAGUGAUUGGGAAAAAUAAUCGAAAGAGAUCUGUCCGGUGGGAAUAAUAAUGGCUCUGACAUGCGUGAAUAUGUCGGAGGAUGUGUGGUUAACUUGCCUGACUCACGCAUUGUCCACCGAGACCGAAGAGAUCAUGGGGCUCCUCCUCGGCGACAUCCAGUACUCGAAGAACGGAAGCGCUACGGCUAUGAUAUGGGGAGCAUCGCCGCAGUCAAGGUCUGAUAGGCAGAAGGAUCGAGUCGAGACCAACCCUGAACAGCUGGCUGCUGCUUCUGCUCAGGCUGAGAGAAUGAGCAUAUCAACGGGCAGAACAACGCGUGUGAUUGGAUGGUAUCACUCCCAUCCUCAUAUCACCGUCCUUCCUUCCCAUGUCGAUGUUCGGACACAAGCAAUGUAUCAGCUUCUUGAUUCUGGUUUUAUUGGUCUCAUUUUCUCCUGUUUUAGUGAAGAUGCUAACAAGAUUGGUAGAAUUCAAGUUAUCGCUUUCCAGUCCUCUGAUGGGAACCCCAACACUCCUCCUAAAUCAACGAGCCUGGUUCUUUCUAAUAAAGACUCUGUCAUCGACCUAGAGUCCUCUUUAAGCUCUUCAGAUUCAGUAUACCAGAGUUCCUCUUCUGCUCGUGGAGGCAAUCCUGACCAAGACGCAACUGAUACAGCUUCAUCUUCCGGACCUAAGGGUGGGGGACGAGUUUCAGAUUUUGGGGAUUUCUUUGUUAACAAUGCUGAGGCCAAAGCCACCGGGACGAGUGGAAACUACAGCUCAGCUGUGGAAAUUGAUUCAAUGGACAUGUCUGAAAGCAUGCAAGAAGCCAUGCUCCGUUCCAACUUGGAAACUAGUGGUGUGGGGUACGUUAAGAAAGAAGUUCCGCUUCAUGUUUUGCCGACUUCAUCACUUCUUCAGCUCAAUUCACCUUUAGCCUCUUAUAAAGAUCUGCAACGAGUGCUCUACGAGGAGGAACGAGCAGCGUACCACCAAUCAGUCCUGCAAAGCAUGAGAAAUGGGAAAGUUCAUCCCCUUGCUUUCAUUCACAACACGUCGACGUAUCAGGCUUCCAUGUGCAAGCUGAUCGAAUACUGCUUGAGUCCUGCGGUUAACGCACUUCAAGAUAGGCUGAGGGAAAACAAGAUCCGGUUAGCAAUGCUGGUGAGUGAAGCUGAGGCUCUGGAAGCACAGAAACUUAAAGGACCGGAAACGAGUGGAGGGACAUCUCGUUUGGUUCAUGGUUCUGGCAGCCGAAGCAGAAGAGGAUCCUAGCUACUAGGAGGGAAGGCAAUAGACUAUCAAACUGCCUUAUUUUCUCUUUGUGUAUUGUGUUAUUUGGACAUUGUGUUUUCUUUCAUUUGUAUCAUAUUAACGCAUCUAUCUCUUCUUAGUUUACCCAUCUGUAACAUUAUUAGUUUUUUUUUUUUGUGCCCUGGAAGAUUUAACUUUUAUUCCAAGAUAUGCCGAUUAACAGA